CUUAUGCCUCCCUGAUAAUACCCUCCGACGACUUCCUCGAUUCCGCCUUCCGUCGCUCACUGUUCACGUCCCCCUAACGAAUUUGCUUUCUUACGGCCAGACUCGAUGAUGAAAAGUCUCCGGAAGUCACUCAAUAGUAGCAAAGACCCACCACAGCGCAUCACUACCCCUUUACCGUCUCUGUCGAAGCCGCCCACUGCGAUCCUCCCUCCCAAGAAGGUUAUCAGGGCCCUGGGCUCCUACAAGUCAACCGCGCCCCAGGAGUUGUCCUUCGAGAAGGGCGAUUUCUUUCAUGUUCUCAACGAUGUGAACAGCCAGGGAGUGUGGUACGAAGCCCACAACCCAAUGACCGGUGCUCGGGGCCUUGUCCCUUGCAAUCUAUUCGAGGAGUUCCAGAAGGGUACACCAAAGCCUCGCACACCAACUACUUCGACAUUCAAGACCAGCCCACCUAUGGGCUUUGCUGCCCCUCCUGUGAAACCUCAAGCCUUCUACGCCGUCGUUCUCCAUGACUUCACUGCCGAACGUGCUGACGAACUGGAUGCAAAGGCGGGCGAUCCUAUCACCGUUGUCGCUCAAUCAAACCGAGAAUGGUUCGUGGCGAAGCCGAUCGGUCGACUCGGACGACCAGGCCUCAUCCCUGUCUCGUUCGUCGAGGUCCGCGACCCCGCGACGGGGCAACCAGUGCGCGACGCCAUGGCCCUCAUUGACGGAGGGGCUCUGCCCCGUGUCGAGGAAUGGAAGAGAGCCAUGAUGACUUACAAGCAGAACAGCAUCUCGCUCGGCGUGUUAGAUGAUCCCGCCGCGAUGGGCUUGAAGUCGGCCUUUUCAAACUCCAAUUCCCCCGUUGCUGUCGUUCAACCACCGCUCCCUCCACUUCCACAACUGACGCGACAGCCAUCGCCCCCUGUUCAAGACCCGCGUCCCCCAUCGCCGAAGUUGCUGCCGGAGGGCAUCCUCCUGUCCGCCGACGUCAAAUCGUUCCAUUAUGAGAUGGAGGAGUACUGGUACCGAGUACACUCCAUCUUUCAGCCCUAUCCUCCGCCAGGUUCCCAAGCGUUGCCCCCAGCCAGGCAACUUGUCUUAUUCCGAUCUUACAACGACUUCUACGACUUCCAAGUAGACUUCCUCGACGCCCAUCCCGAAGAGGCGGGGCGAGUCGAAGGUCGCCCGCGUGUGCUGCCUUACAUGCCAGGCCCCGUAAACGAAGUCGACAACGAGGUUGCUAAUAAGCGACGAGCGGAACUCGACGAGUACUUACAUAACCUCUGCGAGCUCCGGCACGAGUACCGGUAUCUCCUGGAGCAUUACCUUGUUCGAACGUUCCUGUCUCUGAAGCCCGGUGACGCCGAAGUCGAGGUCGAACCUCGGACGAAGGAGAUUGACGCCCUGUUCCGGACGUCAUACGUCGAUCAGGGUGGCUACGAUAAUGUCGAGGCGGACUACCAGACAGAGCGCAUGUCCCGGUUGCGCGUCUCCAGUGCUACGGACGACCGGAGCGACGUGUCCGACUACGAAGAUGACGGUGGCGUUCCCCCGCCACAGGACCGUGACUCCUACCGCGACGGCGCUGACGAGGCAUCGCCAUACCUGGCGGCCGAACAGAAUUACAACACCUACAAUACUACUCAGCCCCUGCGGCCUAGGUCGAGGAACACCAAUGGUAGCGAUCGCGGGGAGAAUGGCGAUUUGAGGUACUCGCAAGCCUCUGUCUCCGCCUUACCCCCGCGGUCAGACUCGUACCAGAAUGGCCAGUCUCGUACGUCGCUCGCAUCCUCUCAAGGCCCCACGAACGGUUCCGGGCGAGCUUCGCAGGCGGAGUCUACGCGGACAUCGACGUCGGGUCGUUCCCGAUCUCAGUCGCACGCCGCUGCCUAUGCGCCCCCCGUGUCUGCAUCCAACCCACAGAUUGCGUACGUCAAGAUCAAAAUUUUUGCGCAGAACGCGGAGGAAAUCGUGGCAAUCCGCGUCCAUCCCCGUGUUACGCACUUGCAGCUCAUGGUCAAGGCGUCCGAGCGACUGCAGAACCGUGUAGGGAAGCUGCGAUACCGAGACAGUGUGUCGGAGUCGUUCGUAGAGUUGGAAGGCGACGAAGACCUUCGCUAUUGGCUAGACAAUACGGAGCGGCACGUCCUCUACGCCGGGUAACCGUGCGCGCCGAAUGACCUGUCUCCAUCUUUGCCAUUUCUCACUAUCUUAUUACCUUGCUAGCUUCGACCGUCAUCUGUAAUAUCUCUCGCUUUACGAGCAGAACAUUUCUCUAUAGCUGUGUCCUUCGUAUGGUAUAAUGUUGUAGUUUUUCCUGAUUGUCCUGUAGCACUGUGAUCAAUAUGGAACAGCGUGUACUUCGUUCGAAUGUAACAGACUUGUGCAACCGU